UAAAAGUCAAGACUCAUCACACAACCAAGUAACCAACCACUACUAAUUCUCAAUAUUUUCUCUAUUUCUUGAGCUUUUAUAGGACUUCAAGUUUGUGUUAAAAAGAUAGAAUUUGAAGUAGAAUUGUUGAAGGAAAAUGGAGGCACAGUUUAUAGAAAGAUACCAUAGUCAUCAGCCUAGUGACCACCAGUGUUCUUCAUCUCUUGUUAAGCACAUCAAAGCACCAGUUGAUAUUGUUUGGUCACUAGUGAGGAGAUUCGAUCAGCCUCAGAAGUAUAAGCCAUUUAUUAGCAGGUGUACUGUGAAGGGUGAUCUUACUAUUGGUAGUGUUAGAGAGGUGGAUGUCAAGUCUGGUCUUCCAGCCACGACUAGCACUGAAAGAUUGGAACUUCUUGAUGACAAGGAGCACAUCCUUGGCAUCAGAAUCGUUGGUGGCGAUCACAGGCUAAAGAACUAUUCUUCGGUUAUUACAGUCCAUCCUGAGACACUUGAUGGUAAACCAGGGACACUGGUGAUUGAGUCAUUUAUGGUGGAUGUGCCUGAAGGGAACACUCAAGAGGAGACCUGCUACUUUGUGAAUGCCCUAAUCAAUUGCAACCUGAAAUCACUAGCUGAUGUAUCUGAGAGAAUGGCUAUGCAGGGUGGUGUUCUACCCAUCAGUGUGAACUGGUCUUCUACUAACCAGAUCGAGACAUGAGUAUCUUUGGGGCUAUGGAUAAGAUUUGCAAGAAGCCUGACUUCAGCCUCUUUGAAUUUGCUUCUGCUUGUAAUUAUCUAGACUUUUAUGCGUUAAUAGGGUGUGUACCCUGUUCCAGUGCAAGUUUUAUCUAUGGAGGUGGUUUUGUUGUCCUUUACUAUCUUUGCGGCUCUCAUGGGGGUGUUGAGGUUCUUUCAUAUUCUGUAAAUACUUCUGUAGGAAAAUGAUGGCCGGCGGCCUGUUUUGAGAUGGUAGAUGCAACUUUUAGCUUGCGAAAAUUAUGAGAUGGAAUGUUUGUAUUGCAGCUUGUUCCCAGAACUUUGUAUAUAAGAACUAUAGCCUAAAUUGGAGAACUGGAGUGAUUUUCCUUUAUUAUUAUCUAA